AUGGCGUGGGAAAACCUCGCUUCCUGCGUUUAUUUUCUUCACGGGGAAGGACUCAAGGGGGCACUCGCUGGUUUGGGGAAGGGGCGAUGCACCCAGCUCCGCACCCUCCGGGUGGUGGAGAAGCGCAUCCGGGUCGGUGGAUACACGGCGCCCGGGCUGCCGCCGAUUCGCUCGCCAAAAGGACGAACCGGCCCACCAGGCACUUUGGAGAGAGGAAAAAAACAGGAGGUCUCGCCACCAAUUCAAGGACGAGGCUGCAGACGCGGCCGCGUUGAACACUACGGUGCGGCGCGCCAAGCGGGCCGGAACAAAGGGGCACUGUGCCCUAAAAAACUUUUUGCGGCCCCGGCGGCAAUGGCUUAUGUGACCGGCGCGGUUCCCUGGGCACGCGCCGCGUUUCAAUGUAAGCGGAGAAUGGCGUAUGGCAUUCAAAGGCCAACCGCGACGCUCUGCAACAUGGAAUUGGCAGUCGACGCUCCAUGCGCGUGGCUUUUCGCCGGUCGGCAGAACGCGGUGCAACACGGGUUUUCUCUCGGCGACAGCGUCGGUGAGCGACGUCAUCGUUAUCUAUCCUUUUUUUUUUUUUGGCUGCCAGUCUGCAGCUGGCCAAAUGCGGGGCUGCUCCGCGCACGGGAACGCCGCCAACUCUGCCGGCCUCCGGGCGCAACUGCAAUUCAGACGAUUCCGGCCUGGUUGUGA